AUGACUCAGUUUACUGGUAGUGUUUCUUUUCUAAAACGUACUUUUAUUGAUCAAUUCACUCGACGGCAGAACAAUUCCCCUUUCAGUUACAGCUAUCGCCGGUCCUUUCAACGUGGUCAACCUCAAAAUAAUGCAAAUUUAAAUGGAAGAAACCAAAUAUUACAAUCCAUAGAGAACGCUGCAACAUCACUAGGUGAUAGAGAACUAUAUUCUUCAGUUUUGAAUAAUUCAGAGCAAAAUGAGCGAAGAAUUGACUUUUUACCACCACAAGAUGUCAAUUCAACAGAAUUACCACCUCCCUUGGAAAAAUAUUAUGAUAUCCAAAAGACAUUUUUCAAUUACGACGCGAACGAUGAAAAGCAAACAGAAAAAUUAGUUAAUUUUAUUGAAGAAAACGUCCAUCUUGGCUUACGCGAACUCGAAAUCCACAUCUUCAUACGUCCAAAACUGGUUAAAUCCUACGUUUAUUUAUAUACUUUACUCUCAAAAAACUUAAGAAUCAUUGCGACUCAAAACUUAACAGUUUCUCCAGAAUUUUCGAACAAUUUGAACAAGACAAGCAACUGGAUGACUGUUGAGUCCGCAAUUCUCAAGCAAGGCAUCUUUUCUGAAAGGAAUUAUUUACCUUUAAUUACAGAUACGCUUUUUUCAGUACCAAACAACAAUUCCAACUAUACGAAACUUUCAGAAGACAUGAUUUCCGCCAUUGUUGACGACAAUGUUGACUUCUUCCACGAAUUAACAACGAAACCCGAAUUUAAAUUCGAUACUAUCUAUCUCUACGGCUCCAGACGUUGCUGCACAUUAAUGCAACUGUUUGCACUGUACGGCUCCAUCAACUGCUUCAAGUUUUUCAUCAGCAACAACGUGAAUUUCAAAAACGAAGUCACAUGUUUCGCUGUUGCAGGCGGCAACUUCGAAAUCAUCUCCAUCCUGAGGCAGGCAGGCGAGAACUUCGCAGAUUUCGCGAUGGUGGCCCUCCUCUACAGGCAGGACCAAGUUUACGACUGGAUCGUUUCAAAUUAUUGGUCGGAAACAUUAUUAAAUGAGAAAUUAUCACUUUUCAUUCUUACUGAGACCAUGUCAAUCAAAUCUAUUUACUCCCUAUGUCUCAAGAACAAAGAUUUCUUUGUCAACGCGAAUGAUUUGCUUGUGCUAGCUUCUUCUGACGGAUUAUUUGAAAUUACGAGAGUUCUUUCCCAGUUUUCUGUUUUCUCCAUCGAUUUGUUCUUCCUCUCAUGCGACGAGGACACAAUAAACCACUUCCUAGACAGCUGCCAGCUAGAUGUGUUGCAGAAAUUAUAUGAUUACGCAUAUCGUAACGGUUAUUUAAACCAUUUAAGGUUAAUUUUAACACAUCCCAAAUUUGGCCAUACGAAGAUGACCACAAAUGAUUUAGUGAAUCUCAAGAAAGACUACAGCGAUCUCUACCAAGUUCUGAUUGAGCAGAGCAACAAGAUCACUGAUGUCAAUGACAUUUACGAGAGAUACAAGAACGGCUUUCCUUUGUCGGCUGUUUCUGCAAUGAAAGUGAUGAAGCAGUGCCUAUCAAUGAACGAUUUCCAGCUGUGCUUCGAUAUCCUCUCCAAAUACAAGGCCGAUUUCGAAAAGAAAGAUCUAAUUGAAGCUUUACAAAUGUCACCUUUUAUUUGGCCACAUAUUGUUGACAUUCUUUUGAGCCAGGCACUGACAGACGAAGACAAAAUGAUGAUCACGAGGUACUGCUACAUUGACAACAUAGUUAGAACGAAAGCAUACCAAACAGAAGUAAUGAAAGAUCUAUCAUUUUUAUCACUUUUAUCUCCAGUUGACUGUGUCAAUUUAGUUUUACUUUCUCGUACAACGAAAGUGUUCCAGCACCUCAUUGACAGGGGCCUCCUCCCUCAGACAUACGCCAAGUUCAUCAUGAUGACACAGAGCGGAUUGUACUCGCAGCAAAGAGCAGCAGAAAUCGUCACAGAGAUGCUCAACACAGAGGUUUUCAAAUCGUAUAUAAAUGGCCACGAAGACGAGAAGAGAUUGAUCGUCCACAACUUCUCAAACCUUCUGAAGAGACAAAACUUCCUCCCACACACGAAAGAAAACUUCGAAUACUGCCUCAAGUUCUACAUCUACCUGGCAAAUUCGACGAAGCCACUUGAGAACCAACAAGGAUUCACAAAACAAAACUUCAGACAGCAGAAUGAAAACUUCCAGGAUCCUGAAACAUCUCACAUGUUAUUGCAGUUUUUACAAGACGAUAAAAACCGCCAAUAUCUUGAUAUCAAAGAAUUAUCGAAGAGUCAGCUGAAUCUUCCCCUUCUCCGUCACAUUGAGUACACAAAAGAAGAGUUCGACUACAUCAGAACAGUUGAUUUCAUGAGCAAGUACCUGUUUUCCAACAGAAAGAACACGAAACACCUGAAAAUUCCAGAGAUUUUCAAAUUCCUCGAUAACUCCAACGUUGACAUGGCACUUUCUUAUCUCCCUGCAACGGAAGAGAACGUAAACGAGCUGCUCAAACAGGAAGGAUUCCACAGCCACAAAGAGAAAAUCCUUCUGAGAAAAGAGUUCAGACAGAUAUUGCCAACAAAUUUCCUCAUCAAAUCUCUGUCUGGAGAGUACAAUGCCAGCGAAUUACCUUCUGCAAUUGUCAAUGAAAUAAUGUCGAGGACAUUGGACAGAGAGCAGGAUUUGAACUUCGCAAUGAGGGUUCCUCUCAAUCAGCAGAUUUGUAAAAAUAUUUUGGCGCAGAAACAAAAGUUCUCUAAGGACUUUUUAAUCAUUUUCUCGAUCAGAGCUGGAAUUCCCAAUGUAAUUCAAUCGACAACAAAAUUUGAUGAUUUCUACUUCAUCAACUUGAUAAAGAUGAACUUCAACAUCUCCAAAUUCUCAACAAAAAUGUUUGAGUACAAUAUCUCCCCUGUUGCUCUUACAAACGCUUUACUUUUGCUGAUUAAAAACCGUGAUUCGACAAAUGCGCACAUCUUAGUUCGAAAAGGAGCAAAACUGAACGCAAUUGUUAAUGGUGUCUCUCCAUUCAAGGAGUCGUUCAACUACAUUCCGGACAAGAUUCCUGUAUUCAUUUCUGAGGGAGCAAACAUCGGAUACCAACAAAACACAGCUCUUUACUACGCAAUGACAAACUGCUCCCCGGAAGUGCAGAAAGUGAUUCUCGGAAGAACAAAUGUGAAUGAGGAAGUCAGGUACUACAACCCAACUGUCUUCAAACUCGCCAAAUACGAGUUCAGUCACAGAUUGGACAUCAUUUACAGAUUCAACCAAGUCGCUGAUAGUUUGCAAACAAAGUUUGACAUUAAAGGUUUGUCAGAAAUAAACGCAGCACUGCUUUCAUCAAUGAUAAACUCAAACGAGAUGGAAGAGGCAUUGUUCUGUUUACUUCACUUCACAAACCGUUUUAAUUCUAUCGUCAAACCGCUAAACUUAAACAUUAUUUACAGUGAUGAAGAUAACAAGCAAAUUGACACAUUUAUUGACGAGAACAUCAAAUCAGCGACGACAGCGUGGAAGAACGUCUACUCAGUUCUCACAGGAAUUGAUGUAAUUGAGAAAUCAGAGUUAAAUUCUGACUUACUUUUCUUGGCAACUCGUGCUGGAAAAAUUGAAAUUUUGAAGUCACUUUUGGAGAAAGGCGCAGACAUAAAUUACGUCGAAGGACACUAUUACAUGUUCAGUCCUUCUUUGGAGGCUGUUUCCAAGGACAGAGAUGACUUAUUGAAUCUUUUCAUCGCAAAUGGAUUGAAUGUUAAUUCUAUUUACUCUUCAGACGAUUUGACUCUUCUUAACUGUGCAAUUGAGUACAACUCUGAGAAAUGCUUCAACAUCUUGCUCCAAAAAUGCGAUUUGGGACAUUUCGUGACACAAAGUCCGAUGAGUUGUGCUCUGGAAGCUGCUUCGAAAGGAAACAGAGUUUAUUACGACAGAUUGAAAGAAAGAGUUGAUUCUGUUGUAGAAGAGAUCGAAUCUGUGCAGUACAACAUCGUCUGCCAGCCUGGAUUUGAUUUCGCAAACUUUGUUUACAGCGGAGACCAGAGAAAGGUUGACUUCCUCAACUUCGGAGGAAUAAAGAGUAACCCAGACUUCCCUGUAAUUAGUUUAUUCAUCAAAUCCGACAUCGUACAGAAGAGCGUCGCAGUACACACUUCUUACAGAGAAGAGUACACAAAUUCAUCACUGAUGCCUAGUUCUAUAAUCGAACAGGCAAAUUUAGAUUCUAAUUUCUCUAAGAAACAGAAGAAGAAAUCUUCAUAUUAUUAUUAA